AACCAGGUACGUGUCAUCGAAUAGUACGAAGGGAAACACGUUUCGUAGUCGUUCGAAGUGGUGGAUUGGUGUGCUCGUUCUUCAAAUUCUUUACAAAUAAGGCUGCGAUAAUAUAUAAGUGGAAGUAGGUGAAUAUUAUAAAUAAUAUAAAUAAUGAAGCAUUGACAAUAAAGGGAUGUAUUAUAGAUAAGAAAAAUUCUAAUUGAAAAGUGUCUACGACGUUGAAUAAUAUUAUCCUAAAAUAAAGAAGAUCGCAUUAUUCGAUUUAAACAAAUUGUAAAUGAGAAUGAAUAAGAUAGCGUGUAGAUAACGUUCCUUCUUGAUCGAAUAAAAGAUAUCAAAUAUAAACGAAUAUAGGCAGGAAUAAAAAAAAAAAAAGAAAAAAAGAAGACAAAAGAAAGAUAAACGAAGACAAUGAACAACUCGAAUAUUCAGGAUAAAAGAAUUCAUAAACGGAAGUCAACAUUUUGGGCAUACGUUCUUUGGCUCUUUGGUGGUCUAAUCGGUGCUCAUCAUAUCUAUCUUGGCAGAGACGCUCAUGCCUUCCUAUAUAUCAGUACCUUUGGUGGUUAUCUAGGACUAGGAUGGUUCUGGGACAUUUUUAAAAUUCCAUCCUACGUGGCCGAUGCCAAUGAUGAUCCAAAUUUUGUCGAACAGUUCAAAUAUAAAGUUAGAGCCAACCGCAAGCCACCGUUUUCUACUAUACGAUUUGCCGCUGGAAAUGCAGUUGCUUAUUUCUGGGCUGAAAUUUAUUGUAGUGCUAUACCGCAGGACGAGAUAAACGGGAUUAAUUUCCGGCAUUUGAUAAUUCUGACACCAGCAGUCAUUGCUCUAGGAGUUUGGACAGUUGGAAACAUUGGUAAAGAAGAAGGUACCAUAUGGGCAGCACUUGUUGCAGCUUAUCUCGUUUAUCCAAUUCUAUAUUACAUCGGCGAUGACACCAUUUGGGUAUUUCUCAUGGUGCUUGCAUCGAAUUUAGCAUUCGACACAUUCAGCAAACGAUGGCGUUUAAAACCAAAAAAGAAGCAAAGAUGGAUCAAAAGAAUGCUAGCUCUAUUCUUAGCUAUUAGUUUGUACUUUUCAUUGAUAGGUAGUUAUCUAUACUUCAAUGCUGUUAUCACGGACAGUGAAAAUGAAGAAAUUAAAUUGUCAGAUGCGAUUGGACAUUUCUUUACUUCACCUAUUUGGCUUGAUCUUAAGGCGAGUUUGGAAGCAACCUGGAAUCAAGCGGUUCAUCAAGGAUUUUGGGCAACCUGGGCUCAAAUCGUGGAUCUAUCUGAUCCACGAGGUGAAAUAAACGCUUAUAAGAUUCUUGGCCUAUCUCAAACGGCCUCGCAAAGCGAAAUUACGGCUAAAUGGAGAACUCUUUCAAGAGAUAAUCAUCCAGACAAAAUUAAGGGUACGAAAGAGGAGAGGCGAAAGGCUCAAGAAAAGUUUAUGGAAAUACAGCAGGCUUAUGAAAUACUAUCUAAAGCUAAAAAUCGAAGGCAACGUCGAAAUCGAAGAUCGGAAUGAAAAAUUCUCGAGAUCGAACUAUUUUCAAUGUCAAAUGAGACGUUUAUUUAAACAAUCGUGUGAUCAUCAUAGUAGUCCAUACAAAAGUUUCAUACCGCACGUACUUAAAAGAAGUUUAACAUCAUUCAUUAAGAGUAAACACUUGUUCGGGCAAUUCGCCAAACGGCUUUCUUCGGCGUCGUUGCUCUCAGGAUAAAUAUUUAAAUGUUCAAGGGCAAUGUGACUCUUCGUUUUCGCACUUUUGGUGAUCGACGUAAAACGUAAUUCCACCAUUAAGUUUAUCAUUCCACAAAAAAUUUUCAACGAGUGCCUUAGAUCGCAUCGAAGCAAUCGAUUAAGAACGUUGAUAAUCUAAAAAUAUAAAGCUCCGACCGGCUCGAAAAAUGUUUAUAAGCUUUGACUACGGCGUCAUGGCGUUUACGUCGAAACACACACAAUUUUAAACGGCGAUCGUAAAACGUGGAAACACUUUGAGAAUCCUCGUAGAAUUUAAAGGAACUCCCUUUGAUCUUUGAUCUUUAAUUUUCCACCAUAAACUCACUGCUCCUGGACGAUAAAAACGAUCAGCUAUUUAUAAAAAAGCUAUCAUACCUAUGAGUUAUUCGAUUCGAAAAGGUCGUCGCGUUUAAGAAAGAUUAUACAACGUAAACACAAUGUGAUUUUCUUUUUCCUUUCAAUGGAAUUUUGCGGAACGAUCAACUACUUGCUUUUCUUUUUCGUUCUCGGUGGCUUCACAAUGGUACUUUCGAUUCUUUCCACGAAACUCGCGCCACACUUUUCGCCGGUUUUCUCGAUGAAAUCUUGCGGCGAAACUAGGGUGAUCCUAAAAACAAAGAAAAAAAGAAAUUAACAAAAUGAUGACCACGAUAAGACGUUAGCGUCUGAUCAUAUUUUUUUUUCCUAUUUUUAUACGACGAAAAAUAAAAAAAAAACGCCCUUGUUUCAAUUCAAGUUGUCAGUUCGUACCUUAACUGCGGUACACUAAGAGGUCGGAGAAGACUCUUGACAACUGGUGGCACUUGACCGUUCUUUGGCAACGCAGGACUACUUGCGCAGAGAGCUGCACUCGUCAAUUGCGAAACCAAGGAAAAGGAACUUCGGUCGGGACCCGAACUCGUUCGAAAUACUUUUCUAAUCCUCGAUUUCAAACCUGUUGAGGAGGUUGGUAACGGUGUUGUUGGAAUAGGCGUUACCUGUGAUACAAAUUAAAGUUUUUCAUUAAUAAGGAUGAGUUCUUAAAGAUUAAAAAAGAGAAUUUAGGUAUUUUGCAUUAUUAAUAAAAUGACCAUAAAAAUACCUAUAUUAUUAUUAUUAAUUUAAUUUUU